GUUGGCUACCACGUACGUCGGCUGUGUCACUGCAGCUGGGAGGGAACAACUUGACACCUCCAUAAACAUAUAAAACAGCAACAUCACAAGCUUCCUCCUCUUCUUUCCUCCUCUUCUCUCCUCCCAACUCUGUCUGUGUCUUUUCCGCACCCGAGAUCAACACGCAGUGCAUCCAUCACCCCGCCAUGACUUCUCCCGUCGCCAUCAACCCCUCCCAACAAGCGGGCGGCGGUGCCAGCGAAGGCGCUCGUUCGCUGACCUCAGUCAACGCAAACAUCCAGAAGCGGCUCGAGAAGCUAUUCCAGUCGCUUGCGGAUCGGGACGAUCACACGUGGAGCAAUGCGCAGAUUCGCUCCUUUGUCGAGACCACGCAGCGCCAGGGCCCUUCGCCCGCUCUCGACGAGCUGUUCGCCCGCGAGAACCUCACUCUCGACGCCUUCUUGGCCUGGAUGAAGUCUCGCCAGAGCGCUGCCACCACGCCGCCAAAACCCGAGGAUCUCUCGUGGCCACUGUCCAGCUACUUCAUCAGCUCCAGCCACAACACCUACUUGACGGGCAACCAGCUGUCUAGUGACAGCUCCACCAAGCCCUACACGGACACCCUGCUGCGAGGCGGCCGUUGCAUCGAGAUUGAUGUCUGGGAUGGCGACGAGUCUGAUGCGGAGGGCACAAGUAGCAGCAGCAGUAGCAGUAGUGAUGAGGAGAAUGGCAGAGGUAGGAAGCUCAAGGCUACCAAGAAGCGCGGCACCUUCAACAUCCUCAAGGAGAAGCUUCAAAGGUCCAGCAUCCACGACAAGAAAGAGGGCUCUACUACCACUGCUACUCUUCCAACUAGCGGCAGUCCUGCUCCUACUGCUCCUGUGUCUGGAGAACCUGAAGUUGCUAUCGUCGAGCCCCGCGUCCUCCACGGCUAUACCCUCACCAAGGAGGUGACUUUUCGGGCUGUCUGCAUUGCCAUCCGCGACAGUGCCUUUACUGCCAGUGAGCUACCUGUCAUCGUCUCGCUCGAGGUUCAUUGCGGCCCCGAGCAGCAGCUCGCCAUGGUUCGUAUCAUGAAGGAGGUCUGGGCUGGUCUUCUCACCCCAGAGCCUAGUGAAGACCCUACCGCCCUGCCCAGUCCAGAUGAGCUUCGUCGGAAACUCAUUAUCAAGGUCAAGUAUGUGGCCCCAGGCGCUUCCGCUGCCACGACUGAAGAUACCGAUGAAGACGACCGGGCUCCCGUAAAACUGCCCGCUGGCAGCAAGCAGAGCAAGAACGCGAAGCCCGCAAAAAUCAUCCAGGAGCUGAGCAAGAUGGGUACUUACUCGCGCGGCGUCAGCUUCAAGACGCUCUCGCAGCCCGAGGCUGAAAUGCCCACGCACAUCUUUUCCCUCUCUGAGAAGAAGGUCCAAGAUGUGCACGAGAAGCAGGCUCACGAGCUCUUCAACCAUAACCGCCACUUCUUCAUGCGGACAUACCCCUGGGGAUUGCGAAUUGGAUCUUCCAACCUCGACCCGGCACUGUUUUGGCGAAAGGGAAUCCAGAUUGUGGCCUUGAACUGGCAGAAUUGGGAUGAGGGCAUGAUGCUCAACGAGGGCAUGUUUGCCGGUACCGAUGGUUAUGUGCUCAAGCCUCAGGGCUAUCGUCCUAUCCGGGAACAGGAUGAUGCCGCCUCUAACACCAUCGUCCGCAAAACGCUCCAGCUCGCCAUUACCGUCCUCGCAGCGCAAAACAUCCCCCUGCCCCCGGGCGACUCCUCCGCCAAGAGUUUCGAGCCCUACAUCAAGAUCGAGUUGCACGUCGAGGGCCCUGAAGAACUCCAGGGCGCCAAGAUGCCUAACAAUGGCCACGAGCGCGAGGGUGAGUACAAAGUCCGCUCUCAAACCCACCGCGGCUGCGACCCGGAUCUUGGUGCCGAGCGCCUCGCGUUCCCCAGCGUGCCCCACGUCGUCGAUGAGCUCUCUUGGGUUCGCUUCACUAUCCGAGAUGACGAAAUUGUUCGUGAUGACCUCGCUGCUUGGGCUUGUGUGCGACUGGACCGUCUGGGACAUGGCUACCGUUUCGUUCACCUGCUUGAUUGCGAGGGCCGCCUGACGAAUGGCGCCCUGUUUAUCAAGAUUGAGAAGAGCCUGAUUUGAGAGGGAGUCACGGCUAGGUUUGGACGACGACAAUGAUGCCGACGAUGAUGACGUAGUAUUUUGUUGGAUAGAGUGAGAUUGAGAUUGGCAGCGAGAUGUAACAGGGAUACAGAUUUGUCACAUUUCAAGUAUGGCAUAAAUGUCACAAGGAAUAUUCAAACAGCAUCGCAUCACGAGCGGGAGGAUGGGUGAAUUGGAGCACAUAUAUCUUAACUACCGACAAGGCAGAAG